AUCAGCAAUUGGGAAAUAGUAUAUCCUGAAAUAGUGACAAGAGUAAGGUACAUUAUUUUAAGUAUCAUCAAAAGUAUCUCAAAUAAGACCUAUUGUAACUUUACGAUGUCAACGUUGUCAACAUUAUGUCGUUGUUUUUACUUUACCUUCAUGACGAAAAAUAGAUAUUUUAUAACUGUUAAUUAUCGACACGAUCGAUUGUGCGCGUGUGAUGUUUCAUAAAGAGCGAGAAUUCGUGUAGUCUUGUUCGCACAACAGGUUGCGCAACAAUUUCUCUGAUGAAAUCAAGUGCGUAUCAAAUACUCACGACUGCAAGUCACUGCUUGCAUGAGCUUGCACGACAUAAUUAGUUAUGACAGAAAUCGAAUGACAGCAAACGAUGUAAGUAGUGAUUUAUUAUACCUUUAUCUGACAGAUAAAAGUACAAUAAAGACACUUAAGUUUUCUUGUUACAAUCUUCUGUUACAGUUGUAUUGUUGCAUGUUUCGUUUACUGUUACUUCGGCUUUUGUUACUAUCGAAUGCCGGGCAAGCUUGUUAAUAUUGGCUCACAAUAGUGAUUAUUUCAUGCGCUUCUCACUUUAUCGAGAAAAAACAUGUGGAAACUGGUAUGCAAACAAAUGUACACUUUAUUUUAAUAAAUUUUCGAUACUUUCUUCCCGAAGCAGGUUGAAAAGCAACCCCGAUCGUUCCAUGAGAGAACUUGUUUUUCAAUAACUACCCAAAGUUAUGUUCGCUCAUUGAACAAUCGAUUGUAUCUUAAACUGCAUCAAGAAAAAAAUAUCCUACCUACAUUGAUAGCAAGUAUCCAAUUACACGGAAAAUGUAUACACGUGUUCAUGAGAAUUCCAGAUAAGACAACGACAGUUUAACCGUUUUCUUUUUCUAAAGAAGAAAAGAAAUUCUCUACAAAGCGUUUGUGAUUCUGACAUUUUUACCAAAAACGAAAGUGGAAAAAAAUAAAGUAUGGAAAUUUACUUGUACUUUGAACAAACGUAAUAAAUAACUACAAACAUAACAAACUAUUUUUGAUAUUAUAACGUUCAUUGUAAGCAAUUGUAUUUGUAAGUAAUCAUGACUUUACGUAAAUUUGACUUUACGUCUCAGGGGCAUGGUUCGUGCAAUUUUGUGCAGCAAAAGUCGACGUUAGUUAAUACCCUUAAAAGAAAAAAAAUAUUACAGAAGAAAUAUUUUUAACUAUAACUUUUUUUAAUACAAUCUCUCUUUUAUGAAAUCAUAUUAUCCUGUUAAAGAUACAUAUGAACAUUCUACUCUCAAGAUUUCAAAAAAAUAUAACUUAUAUAAACAAGAGCUGGUCGAUUAUUUCCAUGUAAAUAGACGUCUUAAAGAACGGUGAUGACAAAUCUCGCGAUUUUGCGAGAACGUUCGGAGGAUAUUUAGAUUUAACACUGUCCUCUCGAAAAGCGAAAAGUCUUAUCUAAAUAUUAAACAACGAGAUCGCACGUAAUCUACAUCGUGUUGUAAUGUGAACUUUGUGUCCAAAAUACAAAUUCUGACGCAUUGAGCAAGCAGAUUUGCGAGAGACGUGGAAACAAGAAUAAAACGAGAUAGUUAUCAAAAUCUGUUGUCGUCAAAAUCUCAUAACAAGAAUACAUUGCUGAUUGAUUGGUAAAUUCGCGUCAGAAUUUUUUGCUACUUCGUUAACUUUCAAUUCAACCACAGGAUUCAAUUCUAUCACGAUGCGCGUUAUUUUCGCGGUCCUCGUUGCAACGUGCAACUUAGUCGCGGUGAAAUCGGCCAUGAGCUUCAGAAAUAUAUUUCCAAACAUACGCAGAUGCGGACAUAUUCAGCUAAUGUUAAAUAAAUGCAUACAGCAGAACAUAAAAGCGAUGCAGCCUUACUUAUCCCGUGGUAUUCCGCAAUUAAACAUAUUCCCUCAUAACCCGUAUCUCAUCGAUAAGUACACGGUCCGCAUGAAGGAUGUAAUAUUUAACGGCAAUGCGACGUUUACGAAUAUAUGGAUCUAUGGUCUAACAGAAUAUGAAAUAUAUAAAGUCGAAUAUAUCGGACCAUCGUUAGAAAUGAGAAUUGACGCUUUCUUCCCAUAUAUUGAAUUUUUCGCUUACUACGAUAUUAACGGUGUUUUGUUUAAUACACCCAUAAAAAGACGAAUGCAGCCAAUGAGCAUAACUUGUACAGACGUCAGAGCUUUUAUCCUGCUGAACGGUACACGUUAUGUAAAAGACGAUAGACUGAUAUAUUUCAAAGUGGAAACAGCACCCAUGGAUUUACAUAUGAGAGUAGCCAAGAUCAAAUUGCAUAAUUUAGAAGACAGCUUGUACAACAAUCUGCGCUUCAAUGAAUAUCUGGACGCAAUGUUUGAAACAUAUUAUCCUCAAAUAAUGAUAAAAGUCGGGUAUUUCGCUUCACAAAUUAUCAAGACAACCGCAGAUAAGAUUUCCUGGAAUUUCCCAAUAUCAACGUUGCUACUUUAAAUAAACAUCUGAUCAACAAGUGGGAAAUAGUAUAUCCUGAAAUAGUGACAAGAAUCGGAUACAUUGUUUUAAGUAUUAUCAAACCAAUCACAAAUAAGGCCUACUGGAACUGUCGAUAUCAACGUUAUUACUAUUAGAGCGUGUCGUUUUUACUUCACCAUCGUGACGAGAAAAUAGAUUUUCUACAAUAAUAUUCUAUGUUAAUUAUCGGCACGAACGAUUGUGCACGUGUGAGAUGUUUUAUAAUGAGCAAGAAUGCAUGUAAUCUUGUUCGCAGAACGGGUUGCGCAACAAUUCUCCUGAUGAUUUAAACGCGUAUCAAACGCUCACGAUAGCAAAUCGCUGCUCGCACGGAUUUGCACGACAUAAUUAGUUAUGAUAGAAAUCGAAUGAUAGCACACGAUGUAAGUAGUGAUUUAUUAUACCUUUAUCUAAUAGAUAAAAGUACAAUAAAGACACUUAAGUUUUCUUGUUACAGUCUUCUGUUACUAGUUGUAUUGUUGCAUGUCUCGUUUACUAUCACUUCGGCUCCUGUCAUCACCGAUUGCCGAGCAAACUUGUUAGUAGUGGCUCACAAUAAAGACCAUUUCAUGCGCUUCUCACUUUAUCGAGAAAAAACAUGUGGAAAUUGUUGUGCAAACAAAUAAACACUUCAUUUUAAUACAUUUUCGACACUUUCUCCACGAUGCAGGUUGAAAGGUAACUCCGAUCGUCACAUGAGGGAACUUGUUUUUCAAUAAUUCUCAGAAAUUAUGUGCGCUCAUUAAACAAUCGAUUGUAUUUCAAACUGCAUCAAGAGAAAAAUAUCCAACCUAUAUUGAUACCAAGUAUCCCAUUACACGGAAAAUGUAUACAUGUAUCCGCGAGAAUGUCAGAAUAGAAAUCGACAAUUAAGCUAUUUUCUUUUCCUGGAGAAGACGAAAGAAAUUCUCUACAAUGCAUUUGCGAUUCUGACAUUUUUACCAAAACCGAAAGCGGAAAAGAAUAAAGUAUAGAAAUUUACUUGUACUUUGAACAGACGUAAUAAAUAGCUAGUAACAUGACAAACUAUCCUUGACAUUAUAACAUUAAUCGUAAACAAUUGUAUCUGUAAAUAAUCAUAAUGUAUAAAUUCGACUUUACGUCUCAGGGGCAUAGUUCGUGCAAUUUUAUGCAGCAAAAUUCGACGUCAGUAUCCGCAGAAGAAACAUUAUAGAAGAAAUAUUUUUAACUGUAAUAUUUCUCAAUAUAAUCUCUCUUUUAUGAAAUCCUGCAAAAGAUAUAAAUAAACACCCUGCUCUCAAGAUAUAAAGAAAAAACACUCGAGCUGGCCGAUUAUUUCCAUCUACAUAGUCGUCUUGAAGUAUGCUGAUCGAAAAUCGCGCGAUUUUGCGAAAAUUUCGAUUCGGCGUAUAAUCUUUACAUCUUACCAUUCUCUGAUUGUUCUCUGAUCUCAAUGUUAAACCACGAGACCACGGACGUGAUGUUCGUGUUUCACAUAUAAAUUCUGACACGUGGAGCCAGCAGAUCAGAGGAAGACGUGAAGACGAAACCAACACGUGGUAAUAAUUUAUUGUCGAAGUCUCAUCAUCAAAACAUUGCCAAUCAACCGGUAAAUUCGCGGUUUAGAGUCUCAUGGUAUUUCGACGCAUCGAUAAGUUUCAAUCUAGAAUCAGACACGAUGCAUACUAUUUUCGCGAUCCUCGUUGUAACGUGCAGCUUAGCGACGGUGAAAUCAUAUGCCGUGAGAUCUAACGAUAAUAAUGCAGACGUUUUAUCGCAGCUGUACACAUGUCGUGGCAAAAACAACUUAAAACAAUGCAUAAAAGAUACCUUAGAAUCGCUGAGGCCUUACUUAGCCAAUGGAAUUCCGGAUUUGAAUUUACCGGGUUGCGAACCAUAUCAUAUAAAGCGUUACGAAUUUGAUUUAAAACAUCGAUUUAAUGGUACUGCGACUUUCAAGGAUAUAAUUAUCUACGGUCUAACAAAUUUCACGAUAAAUAAUGUCGAAUCUACUUUUGAUAUGCGUAAAAUUAAAUUUGAGGUGUACUUUCCACACAUUCAAGUGUACGCUUUCUAUGACAUAAUCGGUGAAGUGUACCAUAUACCUAUAAAAUACGGAAACAAUAUGACUGAGGAUUUCUUGGACAUCACAUCCCAUAUUAUUAUAAAGGGUGUAUAUGACGAGAACAGUAACAAUCUAGAAUACGAACUACAAGAUUAUAGGAUCGCAGUGAAUUUGAAUGUUAAAGACGACAAUAGAGAGUCACGCCGUAACAAACGGUUGAUCCCCGAGCAAUGGGACAAAUUCCUUACGUAUCUCUUCACCGGCUGGUUUGCGCCUGAAAUACUUAACAAAGUCGAGAGGGACGCUUCCAAUAUUAACAGGAGAAACUCAAAACAUGUCGUGAGCCAUCCAAUGUCACAAAUAGUACGUUACUAAGUACGUUGUUUUCAUCGUUAUGAUAAAAAUUGUUUUAUUACAAUUGUUAGUCAUCAGCACAAUCAAUUUAAGGGGUCAUGCUAUCCUGACGCGUUGGAAAAACGUCUGAAAUCGCUUUUUUUUCGACACUACUAUAAGUUAUUAAGAUUUUCUUUAUUUGCAAUGUUUAGUACAUGUUUUUGUGAAAAUUUUGUGGAAAUGGUUUUAAAAAGUAGCCGAGUUGUAAGACGUUUCGCGAAGCUCCUUUGCGCACGGAUAGUGUAUACGAUAUCUUCAAAAACCAAUUACUCAAUUAAUUUCUACUUUGAUACACAUGCUCUUUAACAAAAUUUUCUAGGGCGCAACGUACGAUCAAAUUUAUAUCUUUUAGAUAAAAUUAAUUACUUUUUAAUAAUAAAUGUGUAAAGCUAAAUCUUUUAGACAAAAAUUGAAUUUUUGUUUUCAACUUACUGUGAUUUCUACAAUUCUCUAUUUCUCUCAGAACCUCUACAUUGCGCUCUGGAUAAUCUUAUAAAAAUAUGUGUUAAAAAUAUGUGUAACAAAUUAGAAACCAAUGGGACAAUUGGUUCUCAAAAUGUCGAGUAUAUCAUCAAUGCGCGUUUGAGCAAAGCAACUUCGUGAGACAUGUAUAUAAUCCUAUAACUCGGGUAUAUUUUUUUAAAUCACUCAUAAAAUGUUCAUCAAACCAUAUACUAAACAUCAUAAUUAAAGAAAAUUGUUCAUAAUUUAUAAUAACUGCGUUAAAAAAAUUAAUGAUUCUUGACUUUUUCAGUGGCUCAAAAUAAUAUAAUUCCUUAAAUUAACCUAGUUACGUAGACACACGUUGCACGAUUUCAUACUUCUCGACGUACAUGCUAACCGAAAUGCACUGUAAACAGCUUAUUUUAUUGCAUAGAUCUUCCAUUGUACGAUAGUCUUUAGUUAAUUGAUUCUUGCUGCCUAGAAGGUUUCAAUUAGCAUGCAUGGCAAAAGAUAUGAAAUUGCGAAAUGUGCGACACUAGUCUUAAAGUUCCUGACUAAGUAAUAUUUCACUUACAAUCGUUUGUAAAAUGUACUCUAAUAUUGCGAAAAGUGCGAUUCAAAUAGUCACGAUUGCAAACCAUUGCUCGCGAGUUUGCAGGUCAAUUGUUUAUCACAGAAGUCGAAUGAUUAUAUACGGAGUUAACAGUGGCUUUUAAUUAUAUUUUUACUUGAUAAAUAAAAGUAUCAUAAAAGUACUUAAUUCUUUUUAUAGCUCUCCAUUACAGUUGUAAUGUCGGGUGACUUAUAUACUAUCACUUCGGCUACUAUCAUAACUAUUCACCAUGCAAGUUCGUAAAUGGUAGCUCGCAAUCGUGACAUCGAUGAUUUCAUAUAUGUAUAUAUAUGUUCUAACGUCAAUGAAAAAAAAUUUACGAAACGCUAACUAAA